GCGGUGGAGGAGGAGGAGCAGAAGAAGGACCAGCGGAGGUUACAAGGCGGCAGGCCGGGAGAAGGAAGAGGUUGUUACCGAGCGAAGAGGAUCGUAUGAGAGCGUUCGGAGAAUCCAUUCAGUGGCGUCUGGAAGGCAUAGAGACGUCGGACGGCACGCAACACCCCCUGCUGCCGGAUUCACAGACCGCUUCACCGCUCUGAACUCCUCACAAGCUCUCCCGUCACUGGGUCCUUUCCGUUCAGAGAGCGGAAGCACAGCAGCACACGUGCCUGGAUUUCCCCAUGGACUAGCCUCAGGAGCGGCCUAUACAGGGAUGUUGGAAGGCGGCCUUUCAGCAUCCAAUCCUGGAGGGAGGGGGUUCAGUGCUCUGAGUGAGUUUGAUGCAGAGGUGGCUGCAGCAGGGGGGCAGCAGCAAGGUGGCACCAUGGUGCAAGCGAUGCGAGCUGCAAUGGGGGAAGAUCCUCUAGCUGCUCCUGGCGAAUCCAGUCAGUUUCCAUGGUCUUCCUUGGGGCACAGAACCCCCGGGCAUGGGGCAUCAGCGCUUGAUUACUCAUCUCGCCUGUCCGCAAUGGGGAUGGGGAUGGGGUCAGGAGGAACUGGAGGUACAAUGAUUCAGGGAUUGGAAUCUCUUAACUACCAGCAGCUUUCCGGAAGGGCACAGGGGCAGGGGAUAACACGGGCUGAUGAAUUUCCCGGUAUGGUGGGAGCAUCAUCUGGGGGACUCUCUCAUAGGCUGACUAUGGAAGAAGGCAGGAUGCUCAUGGGUCAAGGAGAGGCUGGCAUGGAAGGGAUUGGAAGCGGCACUGGCUUGGCAGGGUACUUGCAGUACCACCACCAUAGCCUGGAUCAGUCGCCGCUUACCCUCACACCUUCAGGCCAUAUCAUCAUGCCAUCCGGCCACGUCAGCAUGAUGGAGAGAUCGUACCUGCAGCAGCCGGCCAACACCUCGUUCCAGAGCCUGCUCACUGCUCCGGAGGAGAGAGGUCUUACCGGCUGGCCUGAAAGGGGUCCAGCCUUUGAUGCCGGCCCGUCUGGUGGUGCUGGUGCGUCCAGUGCGGGCAUGACUGAUGCCAUGCUGUGGUCUGCUAGUCUCCACAGAGAUCUCCAAGCUGCAGGCAGGCUGGGAGGAACAGUCAGGAUGGGUUCUGGUGGAGCUACGGCUGCUGGGGUUCAGGCACAGCAGCAGCACGAGGGGGGUCUGGAGCAGCAACAGCGUCAGGGUGAGCCGGGAGGAGGAGGUACGGGUGGUGAUGGGAAACCUGCUGCGGGAGAGGGUGGGGCGCUGGGCGCUGGUGCGGAUGGGGCACAGGGGGGUGAUGCAGGGGGGGUUGGUGGGGGAACACAGGGUGGAGUAGAGGGCGCUGAGGGAAAGGGGAGCGGAGGAGCAGCAGAGGGGGAGGGAGGAGAUGGAGGUCUGCAGCGGUCAUCACGGCUGCCUCCCUGGGCGAGGAAGCAGCUGCAGCAGUCAGGCAGGGCCCUUGGAGGCGACCCUUUCCGUGUCUCAUCCCCUCGGCUCGCCUCAUCUCCUCACCUCUCCUCCCAAUUCUCCACCCCUCUCUCUUCUCCCCACCUGCCAUCUCCCCUCUUCUCUCCCGGUCAGCCUUCUCCGUUCUCCUCCCCUUGCUUCUCCCACCUGCCCUCCCCCCGCCUGGCCGAAUUCCAGCGCCUUUCCAUCUCCAUCCCACCCAGCCCUCCCCCCUUCGGCGCACACUCCCCCAUAAGCGCGUACACCCCCAUGGGCGCACCCUCCCCCUCUUCCAGAACCCCUGGCUCCUUCCCCUUUCCCACGCAUUCCCCCCUCUCUGGGGGCUUUCCUUCCGCCAGCCCCACCACCCCGUCUCUGGCAAAGCUCUCCCCCAGUGUGGCCGCAAGCAACCGCAGCAAGAGGAGGCUCGCCCUGCGCGCCCACCACCCAGGGGCGCAUAUCCCUGGUAGAGGGCGGCACACAGGGGGGAGAGGCCCUGGGCAUGGGGGAUCCCUGGGGUCCCCGAGGGGGAGUGGGCGGAUGGGACAGCAGAGGAUGCGGGUUCAGGGGAUUUCUGGAGGUUUGAUUGUGGGUGGAGAAGGGAUGGGAGGGAUGGGGCACGAGCAGGGGGCGAUGGGUGCGGGGCAGCAGAUGAGUCCGGGGCAGGUGGCGGUGCGUGGGAAUGUGAGUGGCAGCAGCAGUGGCGGCGGCGUCAUCGGUGGCAGCAGGCUGCGUCCGCAGGCGUCACUGACCGAGUCAGAAGGCAGGGAAGUGAGGGCCUUGUGUUUGGAGCCGCUAACCCGCAGGGGGUCUCUGACCCGGUCGGAAGGGGAGGGCAGCGGAGGCAGUGGCGGCAGCAGGGGCACGGCACUGGCUUUCCCACGUAGGAUCGCCAGCAUGGAAGCCACCGGUGACGUGGCAGGGCCUGCUGACGUGGAUGGCGGUGCUGACGUGGACUCCAAGUCGGGCGGGUCUGCUGGCAGUACGCCGAAGCAGCUGCAAGGCGUGUCCAGUUCAUCUGGGAAGGAUGGUGCUGCUCAAGCUGAUGAAAUGUCCUUCUGGCGCCUGUUCCUUCCCCUUCCCCCCCCCUCAUUUCCUCCUUUUUUCACAACGUACCACCUUCAAAACGAGGGGAUAGGCGUGCUGUUUGAGAAGCUGCUGACGGCAAGUGACGCGAGCCACCUGGGUCGUGUCGUGCUGCCCAAGCCGGCAGAGCGCUUCCUGAGACGCCUCUUCCUUCCCAUCACCUUAUCCUCCCCACUACCCUCUGAACUGCCGUCUUUUCCCCAUCGCGUGCUGUUUGAGAAGCUGCUGACAGCAAGCGACACGAACCACCUGGGGCGGGUGGUGCUGCCCAAGAAGCCGGCAGAGCGCUUCCUGCCUCAGAUGGAGAGCAAGGAGGGCAUUCUCAUCAUCGUGGAAGACUCUAUCGGCGGCCAGUGGUGCUUUCGAUACAGGUUUUGGCCCAACAACCGGAGCAGGAUGUAUGUGCUGGAGCAUGCAGGCGACUAUAUUCGCAAGUAUGGUCUUACAGCAGGCGACACCAUCAGCUUCUUGCGCUCUGAAUUCGGCCACCUGAUGCUUAAGGAGCAGAAAGCGCCACCAGCAGUGCUCGCCGCCCCUCCCACCGUCGCCAGCCCAUCCAUCCUCGCUGCUCCCACCACUCCCGCACCGGUCCUCGCCCUCUCCACGCACCCUGUCCCACUCUCUGCCGUACCCAUCACUCCCCGAAACACGCUCCCUGCUACCGUCCCUAUGACCCUUUCACGAGCCCCGCUCUCUGCUCUCCCUACUGUCUCCAGCAUAACGCAGGACAUCCUACCCCAGUUCCCACCUCCCCCCACCACCGCCUCCUUCGGUUUCCUCCAGCACAGGCCAGACCUGCGUCCUCAGCCACACUCCCUCCCUUCCCCACAGUCGCUCCUCCUUUCUCACUCACUGCCUCACACCCGCUCCAUCGAUCGCUUUCAGGGGAGUAUCAUGCAGGGAGGCGAGCAGAUAGAAAACGUCCCUCCUACCCAAGACCCACUUCAGAUGGACACUCAGAUAACCUCCUCUGAGAGGCACACACUGCGACCUCUCAGGCUGCUCUCUGUUCCUUCCCUUCCUAGGACCCCCACACUCCCACCUGAGACUGAUGGGUCGUCUGCUGCUGGUGCGUCCGCAACUGCUACUGCUGCUCCUGCUGCUGCCACCGCCGCCGGUGCCACCACUGCCACCGCCUCUGCUCCCACUGGUGGUGGUGAUGACGCUGGUGCUGGUAAGAAUGGGGGUAUACAGGAGGGUUUCAGGCCUGAUUCGGUGCAGAAUGCGGUUGGUGAAACAGGGGGAGGUACGGGUGGGGGACAGGAGCAGGCACAAAAGGUAUCAGAGGGAGGAGCGGCAGAAGCGGGUAUGAAUGUUGCUGGAAAUGUGGACUUGAAGGGGAAUUUCGAAGGAAGCUGGCAAACGGCUGUCGCUAUGGCGCUGCUCCCUGGCGACCGGGACUAUGAGGAAUCCACUCGCGGUUUUGGGCAGCCAAGCAGUGCGUUUGAGGACCCUAGCCGCAGCUAUCAUGUGCCGAGUGGCCGUAUUGAGCAGGACCAGGAGAAUUCCAUUGUUGGGCAGUUGCAGUAUUAUGGCGAUUUGGUGGGGGGAAUGGCAAGGGGGGACGAGAAGGCCAUGGAGAAAGGUGGGAGGGUGAUGGAAGAGGAGGGGUUUGAAGCGAUGGGUGCUGGGCUGGGAGAGACGGAAGCAGACCGGCCUGCACACAUGGGGAAUCAUUUGGAUGCGCUCAUGGAAGAUGCAGAGACGGAGGCGGCUUUGGAUUCCCCUGCAGCUGCAGUGUGCACGGAGAUCGGCCUGGCUCUGCUCCCAACGACCUCCCCACCAGCCCCAGCACCCAGACAGUCAUCGCCACUGCACAUCAGCACGGGCAGAGGCAGCGAGAAUGGUGGUGGGAGAGCGGAUGCACACAGCAGGAUUCACAGAGGCAGCAAUGGCUCUCCACCCUGCCCUGCUCGUCCUGACGCAGCAGUGAAGGACGUCAUUCAUUCCUUCUCCCGCUCUGCUCGUCCUGUUCCUGCUUCCACCGUUCCUUCUGCUCCGCUCCUGCCUCCCAUGCGUUCUUCGCUGCCCCCCGCCGCUCCUACCCUCUCCCCGCUCCGCUCGCCUUCCCCCAACCAUUCCCCUGUCUCCCCUCUCUCCCUGCCCGGCCCCGCUUCCCAGUCUCCUCCUCCUGCUCCUCUCUCCCCUCCCCUUGCUCGCCUCUCCCCUCAUACCACUCCUCUGGAUCCCCUCUCUCCGCUGCCUCCUCCAUCUGGCUACCCCUGCCGUGUGUGUGGAGCGAUUUUCGCCUCGGGACCUGCCCUGGGGGGCCAUAUGAGGAGGCACCUGAGUGGGGGGUUCGAGGCAGGGGGGAAGGCGGACGGGGGGAGAUGGCUGGAUGAGUCAGGGGGCUGGGAAAAUUAUUUACUUGCUGGGGCAGGAAGGGCAGCACGGGCAGUACAGGCUGAGGGGAGAUCUAGUCUGGGUGGGAGGGAAGAGCAGCAGCAGGUGGGUUGUGAGUGGAGUGGCAGGGUGGGGGCAGCUGCAGGUACAAGUGCAGUGAAUGUGGCACCAGUGCCUUUCAGAAACCGGCUGCUGCUGCAGCGGUGCAGUGCCGACGCGGAUCGCAUGGCCAUGCUGGCUCGGGAGAUUCCCGAGGCGCCUCGGAGAGCAGGUGUGGAUGGCGUGGGCAAGCUCGCUCAGGAGUGUGGUUUUGGUGGUGUGCCUGCUGUCUCACUCUCCCGCACGCCUUCCCUUGUGCUUGCUAGGGGCCUCUCGUUGACUCGUGCUGAUUUGGCAUGCGCUCAGCAGCAGCAGCAGCAGCAGAAGCAGCAGCACCAGCGGCAACACCACCAGCAGCCGCAGCAGCAGCAGCCUCAGCGGGUAGUGAGUGCCAUGCUGAGCCAAGUGCAGGCAGCGCAGCGCAAGAGGGCUUAUUCUGAUGCAAUGCGAUGGAUUGAUGUGGAUAAGCAGACGCAGGAGAGGGAGGAAGCAGCCAAAGAGGGGU